AAUAACUGCUCUAAACCGGAUAUUACCAUGACACCGGGGUCAGAAGUUCUCUCUUACAGCCAUCUUGGAUAUAGCAUCCCGAGUCGCAACCAUGCCUGGUGAAGCCACAGAAACGGUCCCAGUCACCGAGCAGGAGAUGCAGCAGCCUCAAGUGGAGACUGCUACACCUCCUGCCCCAGCUCAGGCAGCUUCUGGCCCUGCAAAGCCCAAAGGCAAAGAUGCCAAGAGUGCGCAGGGUUCCUCUGCCCCAAAGGCUGUCCCUGGCAGAAGAAAACGCUCCUCUAUGUCUGCCUCUUCCUCUUCUCCCACGUCACCAAAAUCUACUUCCUCCUCUGCCCACCUGUCGCCUGUGCCAUCUCCCCUAGUUUCCUCACCUGGCAGCUCUUCUGCUAAUCAGGCUAACCGCUUCACGCCGAAAGUUGUCAAGGCUGGCAAACAAGGAAAAGCUAAGAAAGGAGAGGCAUUUGCCCCUGCCCCUGCCCCUGCCCCUGCCCCUGCCCCUGCCCCUGCCCCUGCCCCUGCCCCUGCGGAGUGCAAGGUCACAGCAGCAAAUGAAAAACCAGUAAAGGCUAACCCCAAGCAAACUGUCGUUGAAGCUAAACCUGCCCCAGCUGAGCCAAAGAAACCCUCACCAGCUGCUGCAAAGCCUGUUGCAGCCCCAGCUGCUUUUAAAGUUACCUCAAAACCUGCUGUGGCAGCUCCAGUUUCGUUUUCAGAUACUCUUGCUUCUAGUUCAGUUGAAGUUAAGACAGCUUCAUCAAAAGCUGCUCCUGUUACUGCAGCUGCUGAUGAUGAUCUCCCUCCACUUAUCCCACCUGAGAAGCCAAUUAAAAUCCCAGUGUUCGUACCCCCUGUUGAGAAAGAGGAUGUUACUGCCCUUGUAGAAGUUACCACGGCAGCAUCUAAACCUGAGACAGAUAUUGAGCCCAAGUCUCUGCCUGUUGAGGUUGCCAAAGCAGCAGCCACAGUAAAAUCUGCUCCUGUUGAAGGUGCUAUAGUUGCUGAAGCCUCAACUGCAGCUGUUGAAGCUGCUAAACCAGCAGCCCCAGCCAAAGUUGAGGCUGUUACGGCGGCACCCCCAAGCAAACCUGCUCCUGUUGAGGCUGCUGAGCCAUCUGCCCAGGACAAACCUGCCCCUGUUGAAGCUCCUAAGCCAGUUGCAAAGGGCAAACCUGCUCCUGUUAAGGCUGCUAAGCCAGCUGCUGAGGCCAAACCUACUCGCGUUGAGGCUGCUAAGCCAGCUGCUGAGGCCAAGCCAGCUGCUGAGGCCAAACCUACUCGCGUUGAGGCUGCUAAGCCAGCUGCUGAGGCCAAACCUGCUCGCGCUGAGGCUGCUAAGCCAGCUGCUGAGGCCAAACCUGCUCGCGCUGAGGCUGCUAAGCCAGCUGCUGAGGCCAAACCUGCUCGCGCUGAGGCUGCUAAGCCAGCUGCUGAGGCUGCUAAGCCAGCUGCUGAGGCCAAACCUGCUCGCGCUGAGGCUGCUAAGCCAGCUGCUGAGGCUGCUAAGCCAGCUGCUGAGGCCAAACCUGCUCGCGCUGAGGCUGCUAAGCCAGCUGCUGAGGCCAAACCUGCUCGCGCUGAGGCUGCUAAGCCAGCUGCUGUUGAGGUUAAACAAGUUAAAGAAACUAAAGCUGCUGCUCAUCCUCAGAUUACAAAGUCAGAUGCAGAGGUCAAGCCUGCCCCUGUUGAGGUUGUCAAGCCAGCUGCCGCUGAGGUUACCAAGCCGGCCCCUGUGAAGGGUGCUGAGCCAGUUACUGAGGCCAAGUUGGUUGAGGUUAAGGCAGCACCUGCUGAGGUUGCCAAGCCUUUCAAACCAGCAACUGAGCCUUCAUCUAUGCCCUUAAAACCCUCUCCAGUUGAGCCUGCUGUUCUUGCCCCAGCUCCCCGUAAACUCACGUUUGCUGAGGCAGUUGCAACACCUGCCCCUGUUAAGCCUGAGGUUGAGGUAAUCUGUAGAACUCCUUCUGAACCCAUCUUGUCACCCAAACCUUCCCCCACACCUGCUAAAACCCCAGCCAAGGUGGAGACUGUGAUCAAGAACGACAAGGGAUCCGGCACUGAAUCGGACAGCGAUGACUCAGUCCCUGAGCUGGAGGAACAGGACUCUACAAAGACACAGCAGGCUCAGCUUGCAGCAGCUGCCGAAAUAGACGAGGAACCUGUCAGCAAAGCCAAACAGAGCCGCAGUGAAAAGAAGGCGCGGAAGGCGAUGUCAAAGCUUGGUCUCAGGCAGGUAACAGGGGUCACCAGGGUCACCAUUCGCAAAUCAAAGAACAUCCUGUUUGUCAUUACCAAACCAGAUGUCUACAAGAGCCCUGCAUCAGACACAUACAUCGUCUUUGGUGAAGCAAAGAUCGAAGAUCUUUCCCAGCAAGCCCAGCUAGCUGCCGCAGAAAAAUUCAAGGUACAGGGAGAAGCUGUAUCAAACAUCCAGGAAAACACACAGACGCCAACAGUACAGGAAGAGAGCGAAGAAGAAGAGGUUGACGAGACCGGAGUUGAGGUCAAGGACAUUGAACUCGUUAUGUCACAAGCCAACGUGUCGCGGGCGAAGGCUGUACGCGCCCUGAAAAACAACAACAACGACAUUGUCAAUGCUAUUAUGGAGUUGACAAUGUAGUGGGACCCUGGCAAGGAAGGGUUGAAGAAAGGUUGCUGAUUUAAUCUAAGCUCGUUUAUACAAUUUAUACCCAAGAUGGAAAUAAAGUUGUGGCUUGGUGAAAUUAAA